CGAAUUUCACCACCAUCACUCACUGUCACACUCUUCCCACUCCAAUGGCUUCUUCUUCUUCUUCUACUUUCAUCUCUCGAUUCUCCCCUUCCUUAAUUCGUAGCUUCACCACCUUUCGAUUCGCUGCAACAGAAUCUUAAUAAGCAAAGGAAUCGAUUGCGAUUGUUCUCAGUCAGAUUAUCAAUGGCAGCGUCUUCGGAGCAUAAGGAGUCUCCUUCUAACAAUCCAGGCCUUCAUUCUACACCUGAUGAUGCUACUAAGGGUUACAUCAUGCAACAAACCAUGUUUCGAAUUAAGGACCCGAAAGUGAGCCUGGAUUUCUACUCUCGUGUAUUGGGCAUGUCACUCCUCAAAAGGUUGGAUUUUCCUGAGAUGAAAUUUAGCUUAUACUUCCUGGGUUAUGAGGAUCCUGCUUCAGCUCCAACUGAGCCAGCAGACCGAACUGUUUGGACCUUCAGUAAGAAAGCUACAAUUGAACUUACUCACAACUGGGGUACGGAGAGUGAUCCUGAAUUCAAAGGUUAUCACAAUGGAAACUCGGAGCCUCGUGGCUUUGGACACAUAGGGGUCACUGUUGAUGACACUUUCAAGGCAUGCGAGAGAUUUGAACAGUUAGGUGUGGAGUUUGUAAAGAAGCCUGAUGAUGGAAAAAUGAAAGGGAUUGCAUUCAUAAAAGAUCCUGAUGGCUACUGGAUCGAAAUCUUCGAUCUUAAGACAAUUAAAAGUGUUGCUGCUGGUGCUUCUUGAUGCUUUCUUCCAGGUGGCUUUCUGUUAUGUAUCCUUUCUUUUGGUGACGCGUUUUACCUUUAAGUUUCACCGUUGAAGAUGUAUUGCUUUGCUUGAUGCUGUUUGUAACACUGGCAUCCUGAGAAAUUAUGUCUAGCUUGAACUGAGGAUGAGAUAUUGUAAACCAAUUACUGUUUUAGUGGAAGUUUAUCAGAUCUCCA